AUGGCGGAGGCAGUUGAGAGGAACCUAGAGAAUUCGUUAAAUGAGGUUCUGUACAUGAAAAAAGCAAAAUUGUUCAGGAAGUCUGAAAUCAACGUAAUAAUCCGCAAACGCAGACAACACGAAUACGCUUUGCAGAAGCGAAACAAACGCGUUUUAGACUUCGAUGCAUACAUUGCCACAGAGCUCACCCUACUGAAGCUGCUCCGAUUCCGUCGUCAGGAAACGAGUGAGCGCCGAUUCCUGGAUAAAAUCGAGCGAUCUAUUAUCUCACGCCUUGUGCGGCUUCACCGCUCUCGUAUCGAUGUAUGGAUCCGGUUUAUCGAGUUUUGUAAAAUCCUUGGUCGUCACAUAUCUGUUGUUCGUCUGUGGAACCGUCUGCUUCAAGUGCAUGGUCGAACAGAGCCUCGGCUGUGGGCUUCAGCGGCAGCGUAUUGUUUGCAGGAAAACACCACGGCCAAGAUCCGUUCGAACAUGCGAAAGCUGUCAACCGAAACGAGUCAGUUGAAGGAGCAACACAAAAAAUUGAAACUUGAACUGCAAGCCUUGACUCGAUAUGUGAACAGAACGGAUCAAAAGAAGAUCGAAACUGUAAUUUCCGAUCUCCGUCAGACCAAAUUACAGCUCAGUGAGGCGACAAUGGAUCUGGCUCGUGAUCGGCGCCUGGUGUGGGACCGAGUGUGCUUGGAGGCCAUUCGUGAAGCCCGACGAUUACUCACAGAGGGUAUCGCGUUGAACCCUGAGUGUAAUUUGCUCCAUCUUGAACUGGUGAAACUGGAAGCAUGUUCUACCGACUUCUUCAAAACACGAGUCAUGGAUCGAAUGGAUCAUAGCGUGGAAGGAGACGUUGAUCUGCCGACUGAUGCAGACAAUUUACGAAAACGUCGAAAACAGUUGAAGCGUUUGAAAAAAGCAGCUGCUCAGGACAAUGCACGAUUUAUGGCUGAAGUGACUGAGGAUAUCACUUUCGUGACUUCUGGUAGUGCGCUGAAAUUGGUCGUGGAAUCGGUCAUGGAUCGGUGGCCUGAUGACUUGAAGACACUCGAAUCACUGCAACAGAUUGUUUCUGCUGUGCCAAAUUUAAUGGAUAAUGCCACACAAACCCGGUUGUUGUCAAAGUUACAAGAGCUCCAAAACAAUCCUAAACAAAGAGAAACAUCGAGUGAACAGACCAAUUCGUCUAGCGACGAUGACUUGCGGAAACGUUUGACUAAUUACACAACUCAGCUCUAUGAAACCGUUUUACGUGAUGGACUGUCAGUUGCCUUGGAUCUUUGGAACUCCUGGUUUAUGAAGGACGAACACGGUCCGAUGAAAGGAGAUCAGUUCAGAUUUAUCAACCCUCAGAUCCCAGAAGCGGUUGGCCUUCUCCGAAUUCGUUUACUUUUGCAUUCCCUCAACGUUUCGUGGUCUAUCGUGGGCCAGAUGGACACAGAGAUAAUGCCGGAUCGGUCAUUGCGGUAUAAGGAUACAGAAGCUGAACAAAAAACCAGGGCCUGGUUGGAUUCACUAGCCACUUCUCCGUGGGGUCAUCUCAGCCCUGAAUUUUGGAUCAGCUACAUCCAGUUUGAAGAGAAAUCUGGCGACUGCACGCGCAUUCCGGCAGUGAAAUGGCGAGCGAGCAAAACCCUACUCCCAGAGCCGUACAGUCGAUUUACUACUCUCCUAAACUCUGACGAUCAGGCAUAAACGGUGUGUGUUACAUCUUUUCUUAAGUUACUUAUGUAAAUAUAUACAAUAAAUCCGGU